AUGGCAGAGAACUAUCUUGACGGCUUACCCUCAAGCAACAAGAAGGAGCCUAACCGAAAUGAUUACAACAGCAUCCGAAACGAGCUUGUUUAUCCCAUGAAAAAGCUUUCUGUCGAGCCACAAAACCAAGAGAUUGACCAGGAGGCGUAUGGCUCUAUACAAGAUAGAAUGAAACGUUUACGCAAUGCAACGGGUACAGUGAUGAAUGCAACUCAAACAGUUACACCUGCGUUUCCAGAAACGCCUAAGCCAGCUGCGAUACCUUCUACAAAGCCUGCGUUCAACACGAAAGCCCGACCUGAUGCCUUUGAAGCAUCUCUCACACCGAGAUCUUAUUCUUCUUCGUACAAACCUCCAGUCAAGCCCAAACCAAAAUCAUCGUCUUCGCCUCCUUUGCCUCCACCCUUACGUAAUUCAGCGGGCGCUACUACACCUCCACCUGCCGUGCCCAGCAGCCCACGACCACCCAAGCCCUCUUCACAACAAGACCGAGUCAGUACAUUGAAUCCUAUCUAUGCAGGUCUGGAUUGUCCAAAGUGUCAUCAACCUAUUGAAGGCUCAGUAGUAUCUGCUUUGAAUCAAGUAUGGCAUGCCCACUGCUUUAUUUGUUCAACUUGUCGAAUGCCUUUGGAGAAUCAGCAGUUUUUUGAAAAGAAUGGACAGCCCUAUUGCAAGAAGGAUUAUCAAGAUUUGUUUAGUUUGCAUUGCGAUUUUUGUCAUGAACCCAUAGAACAGGAUUGCAAGAAACCAUUUACUGGAGGAUCCUUUUUGGUUCGUGACAACAUGCCUUUUUGCGAACAGCAUUAUCAUCACCCUACUAGCAGCAUAACUACACCUCAAAGACAACAACAACAACAACAACAACAACAACAACAACAACACCAGUCAGCCGAAAGCCAGAAAAAACCACCUCCACUCAAGCCCAAGCCAUCCAUUGGCAAGAAGCCCGGUCUUCCAUCUCCUUCGUCAUCGGUUAGUAGGCUAGAGGAACCUUAUAAAAGACCUGACGUGUCCAACCGCUCUUCUUUAUCGAGUACAAUCAUCAAGCCGAGUACCGAAUCAAGACUAUCAGCCAAAGUGUGUCAUCAAUGCAACCAGGCCAUUGACGGUCCUUCAGCAAAUGCGCUUGGCCAUGAUUACCAUAUCCAUCACUUUCAGUGCUUUGAUUGUGGUCGAGCAUUAUCUUCUCGUGUACCUGGUAUGUGGCAAGGGGAUGAGCAUGGCGAAUUAGUGUGUAAAAUGUGCGCUUUUAAAAGAACACAGCAGUAG